AAUUUUCGGAAAAUCAGCGGAAAGACAAACCAGAAUUUAGUGUUAUCUUUAAAAAUGUGUUUUAAAUAAUCGAGGAUGCGUGUUAAUAAAUGUAAAUAAAAUCCACAGGAAUGUCCUCCAGAAGGUGGUCCCGUUCAGUUGACAGACGUGACAAAGGACCAAUGAACACUCGAGCUAGCUGCCUGAGUUCGUGAUUGGCAGCUCCAGUGGCCAAUCAGAGCUCGGCAUCCCGCGGUCGUUCCUUCUGCUACCUCGGCAAUCAAGGGGAGAGGAAAGGCGAGGAGGGGAGGGGUUGGGGUCAAAGAUACGCAGAGAAACGGGCUGCUGGUGGCGAAGAUGGCGGAUGGGGACAGUGGCAGCGAGCGCGGAGGCAGCAGCGGCGGCGGCGGCGGCGGGGGAGGCGGCGGGUUCCAGCACUACCAGCGGGAGCCGGAGACUCAGGAGUUGGCCUCGAAGCGGCUGGACAUUCAGAACAAGCGCUUCUACCUGGACGUGAAGCAGAACGCCAAAGGCCGGUUCAUCAAAAUCGCCGAGGUCGGAGCCGGGGGCUCCAAAAGUCGGCUGACCCUCUCCAUGUCAGUGGCGGCGGAGUUCCGCGACUACCUGGGAGACUUCAUAGAGCACUACGCCCAGCUCGGGCCUAGCACCCCGGAGCAGAUUGCUCAGUCAUCCGGCGGCGAUGACUCCGGGCCUCGGCGGGCCUUGAAGAGCGAGUUUCUGGUGCGGGAGAACCGUAAAUACUACCUCGACCUGAAGGAGAACCAGCGCGGCCGCUUCCUCCGCAUCCGGCAGACCGUCAACCGAGGCCCCGGCUUCGGCGUCGGGGUGGGCGGCAUCCCCGGCGCCGGCCUGCAGGCCGGGCAGACCAUCGCCCUCCCGGCUCAGGGCUUGAUAGAGUUCCGCGACGCGCUGGCCAAGCUGAUAGACGACUACGGCGGAGACGACGACGAGCUGGCGGGCGGCGGCGCCGGGUCGUACAGCGAGCUCCCGGAGGGGACGUCGAUCAUGGUGGACUCCAAGCGCUUCUUCUUCGACGUGGGAUCCAACAAGUACGGAGUUUUCCUGCGGGUGAGCGAAGUGAAGCCCAGCUACAGAAACUCGAUCACGAUCCCCUUCAAGGCGUGGAGCAAGUUCGGGGGCGCGUUCAGCCGCUACGCCGAGGAAAUGAAAGAGAUCCAGGAGCGGCACCGGGACAAGAUGUACGAGCGGAGAGCCGGCGAGGAGUCGGAGGGGGACGACGUGGACGACGACUGACGGCCGGCCGGACGGAGGGACGGCGAGCAGCGAGCUGUCACCGCGAUGCAAAGCUGGAGAUGAACGCCGAGCGAGGAACCUGCAUGACCAACCGAACCGAACCUAUAUCUGACUGAGAACUGUCUGUCUAUGUAAGAGAUUCAUGUUAUAAAGUUUAGGUGGAUGUUCUAGAUAAACGAUGCAGACUGCUUAGUCAGCUCUUCUAUGAGAUUCCCCAUUGAUUUUAAAAGCAUAUAUAUAUAUAUUUACACAUAUAUAUCUAUACAUAUAGAUAGAUAUAUAUAUCUAUUGAUUGUCAUUCGUUAACCUCACCUGUAGCCCAAUAAGUUUGUCAGAGACCUAACGGUCCCCCUGCCACUUCCUGGUUUCUAUCCAAUGGUAAGAGCUCGUUCAGCGCUGACCUGUAAUCCCGUGUGAGGAACGUUACUGAAACCAGCAGGUGCCGAGCUCGAGCACCGCUCACCUGGCUGUGUGUUUUGUCUUGUAUUGACGUGUGACGGCGGCUCGCCCGGACAAGCCCCCAAGUUGUCCAAGCCGCCGUCCGGGCUUCACCGCCGGUGAUCUAUCGCAAGCACACGGCUCAUUUGGAUUCACCGCACAGUCCCCGCCCACCUGUCCUCACGCCCUCCCUCAGGUGCUGAUCUGCGGUGAGGCCCCGCCCACUUGUGGCUUGUCUCAGGGCUGAGAAAUCCCAUCCGUGUGUCGGGGUUACCUGUGCCUGCGCGUCAUCUCCAGGAGGCCCCGUUUGACCUUCGUGACCUCCUCGUUGAAGGAGGCGCCGCGCUCGGGCCUUUGCUCUUUGGGGUCUCCCCGUUCUUAGGGUGCAUCAUCUGGAUCCUCUAACCUUGAACUCAGACCAUGAGUGACUGAAGCAACGUUCAGUCUGAUUGUAACCGAAAAUUAGGUGCUUUUGGAAAAGGAACCCCUCAAUGGGGGGUUGUACCUAAAUAUAUAUAAUAUACAUGUAUACUGAAAGAGAUUUACUAACUCAAAUCAUAAGUAUAGAUAGAAAUAUUUUUCAAAAGAGAUAUAUUGAACUAUGUCUUGGAGACAUUUAUUAGAUACCGCUGCCUGAAGUGGCUUAUUUAAAACACUAAACUCGGCUGCAGCCGUCCAGCUGCAUUUCAGAACCGCUUUGUUUUGUUCCUUAACCUUUCUUUUAUUCCUUAGAGGAAAGAGUUAAAGCGAUUUGGUCGGGCCGUUUGUAAAGACGACUGCCCUUCCGCACACUCAGCACUUCGUUAGCGCGUCCUCCGGUCCGGCGCCGGGCUCCUCCCCUUUUACCUUGGUUUGUUUGCCUCCAUCGUGAUGACAUCCCGGCGUCCUGCGCUCCUCAGAAUCCCAUCUUUUUUUUGCAUGCCUGCUCUGGUGCGGAGCUGCCUUUGUGUUCUUUUCUGGUUGCUGUAUGCUGAUAUUUAUCCUUUUUUUGAUAGCGGUUUCAAGUUUUCUUUCUGCAAUAGACUUAAAGUUUACUUCUCAGAAAAAGAGCCACAACGUCCCCGCACUUUGGGGAAACGUCACUUUCAUUGUCCCACUUCCUUCGGUGUGUAAACCUCUCGUUGAAACUGACUCACUUUGACACAGCAGACGAAACGCCAUGUGGAGAAACAUCCAACUGGGAGCAAUAGUUUUUCUCAUGUUUUCUAUGGAUAUCGAUGCUUAUAUUGAACUCCAUCCUCCUUCUGUACUGUGUUACGUGAAUGGCAGCUGUUUCAGUCAUGUGUGUUCUGCUGUAAUAUUCUACCAAGUUCCUUUCAACGAGAAAUAAAAAAGGUUUUUGCUCAGGA